CUUAAGUGCGGUCCUGUAACUGUUUACAGUGGUUGCAAAUUUUCGACAUGGCAACUAAAGAAGGUAAAACCAAAAAAGGUGAAAAAAGAAGUGCUAAAAAGUUAGAUGAUGCACUAAAUUCACUUGGUCCAAGUGAAACACCACAGCCAGAGGAUUCAGAGUCCACAGAAUUGCAGGAACAAACGACAGACGAAGCUCCACCGAAAGAUCCGUCACCUGAACCAGUUUACGAUGAACCAACUCUCUCAGAACUGAUAGUUGAAAGUUACUCAGGAGAAAAAGUACGAGGCGUGUACCAUGGGGAAGGGGAAGCAACUUUCUCAGGUGGGCAUGAAUACAAAGGCCAGUUUGCAGAGGGCUUUAUGCAUGGCAAGGGGCGUUAUACAUGGUCAGAUGGUGUCACAUAUGAGGGAGAGUUUAUGAGAAACCAGGUGACUGGGAAAGGCAUCUAUCAGUGGCCGGAUGGAAGUUCCUAUGAUGGUGAUGUUGUUUGUGGUAAGAGACAUGGAGUGGGUACUUUCAAAUGUAGAAAUAACACAAUGUCAUACAGUGGAGACUGGGCAAUGGGGAAGAGACAUGGCAAGGGACGUAUGGACUAUGACGGUGAGGGAAAGUCAUCCUAUGAUGGAGACUGGAUAAACAAUGUACGUCACGGCUGGGGUACUAGACAGUAUCCAAGCGGUAACAUGUACCAGGGUAUGUGGUUCAACAAUGUACGGCAUGGAGAAGGCACAAUGAAAUGGGUAGACAGAGACCAAAUAUACACAGGACAGUGGGAAAAUGGAAUACAGCAUGGUGUAGGCCAGCACAUUUGGUUGCUGCGCCGUGUCCACGGCUCACAGUAUCCACUAAGAAACAUGUAUGAUGGUGAUUUUGUCAAUGGGUUACGUCAUGGAUAUGGUACAUUCUAUUAUGCAAAUGGUGCUAAGUAUGAAGGUGGAUGGAAAAAUAAUAUGAAACAUGGAAAGGGAAAAUUCACAUUUAAGAAUGGGCGUAUAUAUGAGGGCAUGUUUGAGAGAGAUCAUAUAGUAGAAUACCCAGAGUUCACUAUGGAUGGAACAGCAUCUCCAGAUCUGUCAAAUAUCAGGACUCGCACACCACUGCCAAUGGAUAAUGUGUCAGUACACAGCAAUGAAAGUCGUAACACAACAAGUCCGAGUUUCCAGUUAGACUUGGACUAUUUACUCAAUGAGUUUGUGGAGGCGGACAGGGAUGAAGAGGCCAGUCAAGUCCUGUUUGUUAUAACAAGGCAUAUCAGUAGUUUGAGGAGAAUUUACAGUUACUACAGCUCUCUGGGUCAUGAGGAGAGCCCAGAUAAUACAUUUGUAAUGAACAAGAUGCAGUUCUGGAGGUUCCUGAAGGACACACGCUUACAUCAUAAAGAAAAAACAUUGAUGGACAUGGACAGAAUGCUAGGUUUUAAAAAGUCAAACACAGAAAUUCACAGCCCAUAUGAGAGAAUUUUACAGAGACAGUUUGUGAAUAACUUGAUAGUGCUAGCAUACCAUUUGUACAAAAAAGAUCACCCUGGCACGACUCCUAAGCUGGCAUGGUGUGUAUCAAAGUUGAUUUCUGACAAUAUACUCAGAUAUGCAUGUAAUGUAAAAGGUAAAUUUUACUAUGAAGCAAGAAGAGCAGUGAAUGCGUUAGUCCAUCAAGACCCGUCCUAUGAGAUAUACCAGGCACUGACCACACCUAGAACUCACUCACCAAAUGAUAACUCAUUCAAGAUGAGAGAAUUUUUACAUAUGAUUAAGGAUUUAAAACUGGUCAACAACGACUUAACACCGAAGGAUGUGAUAGAGGUGCUGGCAUAUGAUGACCCUAAUGUUGCAGAUGGAGAAGGGUGUUAUAAUCUCGAACUUGAAAUGUCUUUCCUAGAGUUCUUUGAAGGAUUAAUUGGCUGUGCUGAAAAAUAUGUGACAGAGGCUGUGGUCAAGGAUCCAAACACUCCUCGCCCCUCAACCAGUGUUACAAAAGAUGAAAGCAUGUAUUCUAUACCUGGCUCACCCUCUAGGUUAACCAGUCAUGGAGGUUUGGAUGAGCAGUCUGUAGCCCAGGGUACACCACGUGAAGGCCAGUCACCGGAGACUGGUUCUCCAACUAGAGCGGUGUCGUCUGCUGAUGGUACUACAAAAACAGGCGAAGGGGGAUCUUCUAAAGUACAUGAUGGGCAUCAAUUGCACCCAUCAGCAUCCAAUGUAACAGCCGCUAAUUCCGAGGGAGGACAUGGUGAUGUUUCUAGCAGGCAUGGCUCUGCAAAAGAACCUCAAACAUUAGCAGAGCAGCAGAAGAGUGCAUCUUUUAUCAGUACUAAUACAACUGAUGACAAUGAUAAACUCAUGCAGAGUACUGUGUCAGUUGGAGGUCAAACUGAGGAGGAAGAAGGUCAUACUCAAGUUCCAGUGCUGAUAAUUGUACCUGAAGAAGAUGAGAACUCUCAUUCUAAUGUGUGUCUUAAAGAUGUAGAUGAGGACAUUGAGGAGGAUCUUGACGAAGCAACACGUCAGUUUAACUUCUGGACUCAUCAGAUACACAUAUUUUUUGUGCGUAAAUUCUUACCUGCGGCACAGAAUAUGGUCCGGCUAAAACAAGUGGUGGAGAGACAGAUGCAACAAGAGGAGAAAGAUUCCAUGAACACAACAUGUGCAAAGUCAUUCAGCGAACCUGUUGAGACAAGUCAAAUCACUGUAGAAGAAAAAACACAAUCUUAAAAAAAGACAUGGUUUUUAUUUAUGAACCUGACUUGAAUUGAAAUUUAGUUUCUUGGAAUAUGUUUUUUUACCUGGGAAACCUUAUUUCAUUUAAAAUUGUUCUGAGAUGUUACAUCUAUAUACUUGAACAUUUAUAAGUAUUAUGCUUUAACAGUUUAUGAAUAUGAGCCGUGCCAUGGGAAAACCAACAUAGUGGGUGUGCGACCAGCAUGGAUCCAGACCAGCCUGCGCAUCCGCUAACAGUUUCUCAAAUUCCAAUAGGCUUUAAAAGUGAACAGCAUGGAGCCUGACCAGACUGCGCGGAUGCGCAGGCUGGUCUGGAUUCAUGCUGGUCACACACCCACUAUGUUGGUUUUCCCAUGGCACGGCUCAUAUGUAUUCUAACGUAUUUGUAAAACAAAACCACAUAAAGCAUUCUAAUUGUUAAGACAGGGAGAAAUAGUUUCAUUCCAGGAAAAUUUCAAAUACAGUUACUAGUAAAUUACUUCACCUGCUUUUAUGCAAAAGAAGAAAUACAUUGUAUUUAAAAAAAAAAGGAGAGCUUACUUAGUCUACUCUGUAGAACACACAUAAUGAUUUUUGUUUUCACCAAAUUAGAUGUAAGACUGUUUUUUUGUCUGUAUAUGGCCUAAACAGGUGAAGAAAAUAAAAUAAGCAGUAUUACAUUUAGAAAAACUUGUAACAUAUGUAAAAAACAGAAAUUGUGCAUUUAUACAUGGAGAGACCUAAGUGAUCUAUGAUGUUUACUGGACUAUUUUAUUUUAGCUUGAAUCAGUUCUGCUUAGGGAAUCAUUAGUUUUAAUCAUUGCAUCAUUUUGUUAUUUAUUUUAAUUUAUUUUUGUCAUAAAGAGCUCAUAGAAGACAGUAAUUUAUUUGUGUUCUAAAGCUUAGAUUUUUUCUUAAGAAAAACAGAAGUAAUUAAAGUAAACCAUUUUCAAGUUACAGAAUUGACUUGUAAGUCUUUAAAGUUGUAAGGUUAUAUUGAAGAUGUGUUAUGUAAAUUUACUUUAAAAGUUUACUUAAAGCGUCAUUUUAAAAGAGCAAAAAGCUCACAUAAGAAUCAAAUGUUACUUAUUCCGUCCAUUUUACUGUAACGGUUAUGUAGUUCAUACUUAGUCCUUUUUCUUUUACAGUUAACAUGUCACAAAUACUUUUGUUUUCUGUAACAGUGGCAUGAAAGAUGAAGAAAUUUUAACACUUUGUUACACUGAAUAUUCAUGUUUACAUGCUUUAAGGUUACACUUACAUGUUUCUGUGAUACUUUUGAGGUUUUUAAUAUUUAUCCUUUAUACAUAUCAUGCUUUAUUUAUCUUAAAUAUGAAUGACAUUUGGAUUUUAAUGUCUUUAAAGUAAAAAUAAAUCAUUGUUGUUA